AUGGACUCAUUACCAUCUAUCUCCGUUUUGACUUGCGUCGCUCAGCCCCAGAGCCAGAUGAGUCCCACAGGUCCCAACGGUGCCAGAGACAAGCUCAACGUCCACGAUCUGGAGUUGAUGAUGCAGUGGUGUACUACAACAUACCGUUCAAUCUCUCAUAAUAGCAAUGUUGAGAGUGUUUGGCAGACUGCCAUUCCACGCGAAGCAAUGCAGCAUCCGGCCCUGAUGCAUAGUAUCCUCGCUCUGUCCGCAUUGCAUCUGGCUUCCUCCUCAGUAGGAGACAUGCUCGAACGAUAUAUGAAAACGGCAAAGACACAUAAAGACCUGGCUCUAUUAGGCUCCAAAGAGACGUUCACGAAUAUCGACCAAUCGAAUUGCGACGCAGCCUUUGCUUUGUGCAGUCUCCUGACCAUAUCUUCACUGGCGUUUCCACUGAUUGCCGGACGGAGCCAGACAAACACCGCGCUGGAUGAUCUUUGCCAGGCUUUCCACGUUGCAAGGAACUCCAUGAAUAUCCUGGCUCAGAUCGCCGACAAAGUCAGGACCGGGGAAUUGAAGCCGUUACUGGAAAAGGACGAAUGGGGCCCCAAGAUGCCCGACACUUCGCGGCUUGCUAUCAUGUCCUUAUCAAUGACGAACUCAAAGCUCGCCAACCGGUACCCGAAGCACGAAAGAGAGAUGUUUGAGGCAACCAUCGGCCAGCUGGGGGAGUCUCUUGAAAAACUCGCGCAAGGCAAGGAAGCUUCAAUCGUGGCGUUCCAGUGGAUGUACCACAUUCCGCCGAGGUUUAUAGACCUAGUACAUGAGCGACAUCCGUUCGCCCUGGUCAUCCUGGCCCAUUAUGCCGUGGUUCUUCAUUUUAUGAGAAGCCGCUGGUGGAUGGGCGAAUGGGGUACACGGAUCAUACAACAAAUAGGUCGACUCCUGGACUCUCAAUGGCGACAAUCCAUUAGCUGGGUAUUGGAUGCUACCGGCUGUUAUAUUCCACCAACUUGA